UCCAAACGAAGAGAUGUCCGACUCAUGAGUGGGUGCCUAGUGACCAUGAGUGGGUGGUGUUGUGAUGGAGCUGAGAAGCAUGUCCGACGCGCUCCAAUUCCACGCGCAACUCCUGAAAGGGGGCACCCAAAACGACGACGCAGCGCGCAACGUCUCCAAGCUCUUCACUUUCGCCGCCCUCUCUCCCGGCGGCGACCUCUCCUAUGCUCGCCUCCUCCUCCGCUCCAUCCCCCGCCCCAACUCCUAUUACUACAACACGAUCAUCCGCGCCUAUUCCCGCAGCCCCGACCCCACCCACCACUUCCACGCCCUCUCUCUCUUCCUCUCCAUGCUCCACCACCAACCACCCCAACCCGAUAACUUCACUUACCCCUUCCUCCUCAAGUGUCUCGCCCGCUUGAAACUCACCCCACAAGGUAAACAGAUCCAUGCUCUCAUCACUAAGACGGGUUUUGGGUCGGAUCAGUAUAUCCAGAACGCCUUGAUCCAUAUGUAUUCUGAAUUUGGCGAGUUGGGGUUUGCUCGCGAGGUGUUUGAUAGAAUGCCUCUUAGGGAUGUGGUUUCUUGGACUUCAAUGAUUGAUGGCCUUGUCAACGCUGACCGCCACGUCGACGCCUUGGCCUUGUUUGAUAGCACGCUGAAGGCUGGGAUAGAGGUCAAUGAUGCCACGGUGAUGUCUGUUUUGAGGGCCUGUGCUGAAACCGGAGCUUUGAGUGUGGGGAAGAAGGUGCACAUGAUUGUGAAGGAGAAGAGGAUUGAUUCUAAGGCGAAUGUUGGCACUGCCCUUGUUGAUAUGUAUGCUAAAAGCGGGUGCUUGGAGAGUGCACGGAACGUGUUUGACAAUGUUGUGGACAAGGAUGUUUUUGUUUGGACCGCAAUGAUCUCUGCCCUUGCUAGCCAUGGAAUGUGCCAGGAAGCUAUUGGGAUGUUUGCUGAGAUGGAAACCUGUAGGAUAGAACCUGAUGAGAGGACAAUGACAGCGGUUCUCUCAGCGUGUAGGAAUUCAGGCUUGGUUAAUGAAGCUUAUGUGUUUUUGAAUGAUGUGCCAAAACGUUAUGGUAUAGAGCCUACAAUUCAGCAUUUUGGCUGUCUGGUGGACCUCCUCGCGAGAGCAGGGCGUUUGAAGGAAGCCGAGGAUUUCAUUAAUACAAUGCCUAUCAAGCCUGAUGCAGUUCUUUGGAGGACCCUGAUAUGGGCCUGCAAACUUCAUGGGGAUACCGACAGAGCAGGGCGUCUCGUGAAACACCUCAAACUGCGAAGGAGAACUGCUGAUGAUGAUAGUGGGAGUUACAUACUCGCUAGCAAUGUUUAUGCGUCUGCAGGGAAGUGGUGUAACAAAGCAGAGGUGAGAGAGUUGAUGAACAGAAGGGGAUUAACUAAGCCUCCAGGGUGUAGUAGGACUGAAGUUGAUGGCACUGUAUGUGAAUUUUCUAUGGGAGAUUAUAAUCACCCUGAAGCAGAGAAAAUAUAUGACAAAUUGGAUCAGAUUGUAGAUGAAAUUAGAAAGGAAGGGUAUAAUCCGAGAGUAUCAGAGGUAUUGCUUGAGAUGGAUGAUGAGGAUAAGGCCAUUCAGUUACUUCAUCAUAGUGAGAAGCUAGCUCUUGCUUAUGGACUAAUCAGGAAUAGGCAGGGUUCCAAAAUCCGGAUUGUGAAGAAUCUAAGGUCUUGUGAGGACUGUCAUGAGUUUAUGAAACUAGUGUCUAAGAUAUACCAAAGAGAGAUCAUAGUAAGGGACAGGAUACGUUUCCAUCAUUUCAAAAAUGGUGACUGCUCUUGCAAGGAUCACUGGUAGCUAUGGUAUCUGCUUUGGCCAUGGAAACAUUCGAAUUAAUGUUCAGUGACGAUGUGGACAUGAUUGAAGAUCAUGAGUGAAACUCAUUAAUCAGCUAUGGCACCGUUCUGAUCAGAUACAUGAAUGGAACAAAUCAUUUGAAUCAUUCCAUCCAUUGGUUCUUGCAUGCGUCCUGAUUUUUUUUCCCCUCAUAUUCCUCGCUUUGGGGGAUCGAUUUCUCAUUGUUGUCACGCUGGUGGUUCCACCGGAGAAGGCGUUGUCGAUAUUCGAAUCUGUACCAUCUCGAGUUCGUGUCCGGUCUUCCUCGUGUUAGCUAUGACGUCCAACCAGAUGGAGGUUGUGGAUGGUUGCUGCGAAGAAGACAUUGGCUGAUAAGGUGUUCGGAAGCAAUAAGAGUUUGAACUAUGAGAUUUCUUCGUCCCGUCACGAUGAUCAUGGAGCUGAUGGUGGAAUGUUAUUCAUAGAGAUUUGAGCUGAAAAGACCAAAACGUCUUGAUCCUCAUGCGUGACACUGGUGGUGGCCACACAGCUUCCACUGAGGCCAUCCGUAAUGCCUUCCAAAUUGAUUCAGUGACGAGUAUAGGGGUAUCUAAAGUUUCAGUGAUUGUAUUAUUUUGUCAUCACCAAACUUCAAGCUUAAGCUCUCCAACUCAAGCAAUCAGUACAACCAUAUUUUAUCAAUGCCCGAUCCUUCAUUUCUUUCUAAUUUGUAUUAAUUUGGUUCCGGUUCUCCUUUUUAUGGUGUUGGUUAUCCGCAAAAUUGGCAACUUUUAUCUUUUUGCAUUUUGCUCACAAAGUGUUUGUGACUUUGUUUCUUUGUGAGUGUGUUCAGGUAGUGAACGAGGCAUUGGGUUCAAGUAGGGGGCAUGUAAGGGACUAUAUGCUUUACAUUGGGGCUCUCUGGACAGCAUACUUAGUGAUUAAAUGUUAGCUCUAAUUAUUGUUUUGGUUGUGAAUCGAAUCAUUCAUCUUAGUUUCAUUAUAGUUACUUUGAUUUAUUUCAAAGUUAUGCAAAUCUUUGUUAUUUUUCCCCCUGUGAUGUUAUAAACCCACCUCUUCGUGAAGUCAAUUUAUCUGGUGGAGAAAAUAAUUUUGAUUCCUUAUUUUCCAGUGGACCAACAUCAUCCAGGUUUGUCCAUAAUUUCUUGAUAUUGACUGAUUGUGGUUGUUAUCUUGAUGAUGCCGAAAUGCUUUAUUCAUAGGCAAAUUGGUCAUGUUGCAUCUUGUGAUGAAUAUCAAUUGCCAAUAACUGGUUCCAAUAACUUCCAUUUCCACUAAUUGGAUAGAUAAUUUUCUACUGAUUUGGUUGAUUUAUUUUUUAAAAACUAAUGCUGAUGCUGAAUGUGAGUAUUUAAUCACUUUUGUUAUGCAUAACACUUUUAAAGGUAGCAUUCUUGCAUCUCUUUUUGUCAAUCAACUAAUUUGUUUGACCUCAAUCGAUUUAGGAAAUAACUGCUUUAUUCUUUAUUGCUGUUAAUUUGAAAUUUUGAUGAGAUUUUAUGUAGAAAAUCACUAAGAACUCUUAAGGAGUGGUUAAGUUUCUAAUAACUGCAGUAAUGAAGGAAUUUUUUUAUAAGAGGAAAUAUUAAUAAUACGAAAAGAAAGUUAUUAUACAUAUGAAAGAGGAUAGAGAGAUCCCUUUAUGCCGAUCAUAUGUAGCCUUAAUUGGGUAGACCUUAGAAGCAAGAAAGCCCUCUAUUAAAAUAGGAGAUGGCGGCAGGGAAGGAGAGGAAGUAUGACAUGCUUAGUCAGAAAGGAUUGUGGUUAAAACAAGUUGUGUUGCCGCCCUUUCAGUGAGAUUUGUAAAUCAUGGGCACCCCACUACGGUGGUCUCAACUGAUCCUGCUCGCUCCUUAAGCAUACUAUUGAGCUGAAUUAUUAGUGACUCGUUAUUUAUUAUAAAAUUAUUGCACGACGAUAGUCACUCUUGCUUUUUCCCCUCCUUUAUCAAUCAGCUGCAAAAUUUACUUAUAUAUUUUUUAUCAACUUUGUUUAGUGCUCAUGAAAAUCUGUUCUGGAUUGCUCUUGAAUAUUGUAAGGUCACCUAUUGAUUUAAGGUAUAUUUUCCAGAAUGUUACCUCAACUUCCUUAUAACUUGUUUUUGUUCAAGGGGCGAGGAACAGUUGCCACUGGCCAUGUUGAGUAAGGAAUCAUAAAAUUUGGUGAUGAAGUUGAGGCUUUGGGACUGAUGCAUGGUAUGCUUACUGAGGCUUUUCGUGGGUUUUGGGUUUCUUUUAAAUCUAAUUUAUUCCUUUUGAUUAAAAUGCCAAUUGUUGACAUUUAGUUACAUCUGUUAAUUAUGACCAUUCUUGCAUUCCAUGUAUAGCUAUGAGCUAGGACCUAUGGUUGAUAGCAUUUUGCAAACUUUUGAUGCUUUCCACUUGCAAUGCUGCUAUGCAAAUGUAUUGUGAUUUCUGUAACUAAGAUAGCAAAUCUUUUAGCUGUGAAUUAGAUUCUAAUUUUUAGUAUUCUUGAAUCAAUACAAGACUCAAGGUCUGAAACUUUGGGCAUCAUGUUUGAGUUAAUAU